AUGAGGAGGCGCCAGAAUGUUUCCUCGGGGGCGCUCCCAAAUCAAGGCCGGCGCAAUCGCCAGACAUCCUCACGGCCGUCGUCUCAGGCGUUUGAAACGAGCACGACAGGCUGGGCGAAGCUGGACAAGAUGAAGACAGCCUACGCAGAAAUGGACAGUCAACGCCAGGCCAGCGUGGCAACCGCCAACCAAGAGUAUCUGGGCCGUGCCCCCAAGGACCCCUCCCUGAUACAUGCCAGCCUGGUGAUCCCGGGAGGCAACAUGUUGCCGCAGGGUUUGGACGACCCGGAGGCGCUCAACGACAUCCGGGCAAAGCACAAGGUGUGGAUUCAUCGGCCGAAACCAAACAUCUUCGAGAUCUGUGGCCGUGAUAUUCGCCAGCUACAGAAUGCAGUGAAAGCACUGAACUGGAAGCUGCAUGACAUGAGGCUGUCAAGCGAGGCCUUGACCACGCAAUUCCUGGCUCAGAAGCCUAGCAAGGAAGAGCACGGCGUGAUUGUCAACGUUGAACUGGAUGCGCGCCCGGUGGUAAAGGCUCUCAGCGACGCACCUCGCUCCGUCCUGAAAACCGCGCUGGACCUUUCCGAGCAGCUACGCGGUAGUCUCUUGCCGUCGACAGACAUACUCCGGCUUAUGACCACGAACCUCAGGAUGAGAGUCAAUUUCGGCCGCGUGCAAGUACGGACCAGAAAGAAGGGGCUGGGCAACAACAUGCCUUAUGCCAGCUUUGCCGAGAUGGUUCCUCAAUUCUCUAGCCGCGGCGGCGCCGGCCUGCAAACUCGCCUGCGAGGUGUCGCGCACGCAGCCACGGUCCUACAGAGAAUAGUCGACCCCAUUGUCGGGCUGUAUCACCCCAGGGAGCACUCGCUCUCUAGGCGCUGCACCGUCAUGCUUGAAAUUGGCGAUCACGAGUUGAUGGCAGAUGCCAAGCUGCCGGCCGGGGAGAAGACACAGCUUUCGAUUCCUACCCUCGUGAAGCCUGACGCCCGGCCGCGUCUCAACUGGACAGUGGUGGCGCCUGACAUGUCACUAGACUGGAACUUUCAGGUCGAUUCACGAGAGUCCAAGGCCACCAUUCCAGACAGCCUCCUGAAGCUGAUGCAGAGCAUCGUUCUGAUCCCGGACAAGACUGGGGUGGAUGAUGGAUACUCCCUCUGUCCACCACGCCUCUUGGCCGGGCACUUGGGAUCCGACCGGAUUGACAAGACUACGCUCAAAACCUCCAUCAUCGUGCCGUUCAGGGGUACUCCAUUCGACAUCGAGGUCAGCGUAACGAAGCAGUGGCAAGGACUGAGGACGGUCUCCAACGCGGAAACAUGGUGGGGUCUGGAAUUUUAUUGUCGGGGCUGGGAUGAGGCCAUCAACAACGUCAGCCCUGGCCAAAGUCGGAAGGAUUGGGGUGCGGAGCUGGAGAGAAUCUGGCCAGGAGCCGACCAGAGCCUCGAGGAGCGGUUCACGGCGUUUCUCGAGUAUAUUGUCGAGAUUCAGUCUGCACUGGACGACGUGAACUUUAGGUCGCGUUAG